CCCGGGUCUGGCUAUAACAAAUGCUGUACUAGCGUACAAGUAGUACAAACUGGUGCGACCUCUGUGGCAGGCACCAUGUCUUUUCUGAGAAGGAAAGAGUGCCGGCCUUCGAGUCGAAGCUGGCAGCUUGCGCUCAACCACGUUAGACUUUCGUUCGCAAUCGUCGACUUGCGGCGGCCGCCCCGCUAUCCGCUAGCAGCGGUAGUUCAACGCAGCCCUCCAGCGGCCCGGCCCGCGGGGGCGCCGCCGUCGUGACGUGGCAGUCACGAUCGUGACGAUGAUCGCCGCGACGGCGGCGCUACUACUACUGCGAGUAGCGAAACCCCGAUUUCUAGCAGUAGUUGCGGCAAUGGCGACUAUCAUUCUUCUCUGUCCUACAGCAGCAAUGGGCGCCGCGCCCCACGUAGUUGGUUCCACCAGGGGCGGCGCAACCUCCGCGCCGAGUCUCGCUCUGCUGCCCUUUCUACAUUCCCCCCCUCACGGCACGGCUGGGGAAGGUCCGCCGCGGCAGCACGUGCGGGCACGACCGGGGGGGCUGUGGGGAGUGCGCAUGCGGGAGUUGGUGCUGUGGCGCGCCGCCAAGUUCCGGGCCAAGGCGCGGGAAGCCGUGGCGCACAUGGCGGCGGGCAAGGCGGCAGCGGCAAUGGCGCGCUCGCGGGCUUUAAAUCUAGAGAGGGCGAGAAGAGCGGAGGGCCGCGUGGCUCCAAGUUGGACUAACCUGGCGCGCGACUGUGUGGAGCAGAUGGGCGUGGCGGCGGGGAGUCUGCACGAGGCAACCGGCAUGAUGGAGCGGGGCGACGCGGACGUGAAUCUGCCACGCAUUCACCUCUCCAACGCCGCCACGCUCGCCCUCGACUGCGCCCAGGGAUUCGACCUCUUCGCGCCAGGCAGCGCCAGCGACGCCCACGUCAACGGCCUGCAGAGAGCAGCCAUGGCGAUGCGGGCGUCGGUGAAGAAGGCGCUGCGGCGAGCAGCAGACAUGGCGCGCAUGAUAGCAGCGGACAUUGCGCACAGGGGAGCACCACGCCAUGGCAACUCGUCUCACGCCUUGCCCUCAACCUCUCCGCACUCCUCACCGUCAUCCCCAUCUCCUUCUCCACCUCCCAGUUCGCUGCUCCUUCCUGCCCCUCCACCUCCCUUCUCUCCUCCCUCUGCCCUUCCGCCCUCUCCGUCCACCCCGCUUUCGCCCUCGCAGCCUUCAUCACCACGCAUCACCCCCUCUGUCACGGUGGCCCAGGAUGGCUCGGGGGACUUCCUCACUGUGCAGGCUGCAAUCAGCGCGUACCCGUCUGGCUUCCAGGGGCGCUACGUCGUGUUCAUUCGUCCUGGCGUGUACUGGGAGAAGGUUCUGGUCAAUGCCACGUGCACGAACGUGACGCUGCUGGGGCUGUCGGCUGCCUCCACUGUCAUUUCCUUCAAUGACAGCGCCACGGCUGGCACCGGCACAUUCAGCUCGCCCACAGUAGCGGUGGACGCAAGUGGCUUUGCGGCCAUCGGGGUUCGGUUUGAGAAUACGGCAGGGAAGGCAGGUUAUCAAGCAGUGGCGUUCAGGCAGACGGGGGACAACGCUGCCUUCUAUGAGUGCGAGUUCAUUGGAUGGCAGGAUACGCUGUACGUGCAUGGUGGGCGGCAGUACUACCGUAACUGCUACAUCAACGGGUCGGUGGACUUCGUCUUCGGCAACGGCGCGGUCGUGCUCGACAACUGCACCCUGCGCAUCCGCCCACACAACAACGCACCUCUUGCAGCAUCGGGGCGCAGCAUCCCCACGCAGAACACGGGCAUUGUUAUACUCAACUCCGACAUCAGGGGCGACCUUGUCAACAAGGGGUUCCUCGGACGGCCCUGGAAACCCUAUGCGCGCAUCGCGGUUAUCAAUACUUCAAUCAGUGAUGUGCUAAACUCAACUGGUUGGCUGGACUGGGCUGGCACAAUCUACACCACGACGACUUUGAUUGAGUAUGGCAAUAAUGGGCCGGGAUCCAUUGGGCCGCGCAUAGCUUGGGCACUGCCAGGCGUGGUGAGUGACCCCGCUGCAGUGGCCAUGUUCUACCCGGAUCGUUUCCUCACGCCCUUUGCCACCAUCCAGAGCCUCAUCCCCUUCCCUUGGAUCUGACUCCCCUCCCCUCCCCUCGCUCGGCCCAAUCCACUGCUCGCGUGGAGUAACGACUAGCAUCCAUUCGACUAGAAUUCAACAACUAACCUAAGCGCAAGUUGCUACACCUAUGAGACGUGCACGCUACGAUUCCGAGAAAAAAUAUGUGAAUUCGUCCGAUCCAAUCCUCUGCGGUGGAACAAAAGCCUGAAAAAAUACAUUUCUGGAAUCCCUACAUCUCAGAUUAGUUACCCUGAUUGAUCCUAUCAGGUAUGGUUCAUUUUGAGUUGUUCAACAUGGUUUCCCUCCUGCAUCGUUGGAAAAAUAUGUUCAUGAC